AUGCCAGCCCUAAAUAUAACAAGCACCCUUCCCCUCCCCCAAUCAACCGUCCAAAUCCCCCGCCUCGGAUUCGGCGUGUACCGCAACCACGGCGAAGAGUGCGUCCAGGGAGCCCUCACAGCCCUCAAGGCGGGAUAUCGACACAUUGACUCCGCCCAGUUUUAUGGCAACGAGAAGGAAGUCGGCGAGGCGUUUCGGAAAUCUGGCUUGAAAAGAGAUGAAGUCUUUAUAACCACCAAGAUCAUGAGUCCCGGUGGAUCGCCGCAGGCAACCUACGAAAAGAUCAUUGAGAGUAUUGAUAAGAUUUCAGGCGGGGACAAGGAUGGGUUUGUGGAUUUAUUUUUAAUUCAUAGCCCCAAGUCCGGACCGGCUGGUAGAAAGGAGUUGUGGCAGGCACUGGAAAGAGUGUUGGAGGAAGGGAGGACGAAGAGCAUUGGUGUGAGUAAUUUUGGGGUUGGUCAUAUCGAGGAGAUGAAGGGUUAUGCGAAGGUUUUCCCGCAGGUUAAUCAGAUUGAGCUCCAUCCAUGGUGUCAACAGCGACAGACAGUCCGAUACUGCCAACAGUAUGGCAUUGUCAUCGAGGCCUAUUGUCCCCUUGUCCGCGGCAACAAGUCCAAUGAUCCUACGCUUGUGGCGUUGGCUCAAAAGUACGGAAAGUCGACUGCGCAGGUAUUGGUUCGGUAUAGUCUACAAAAGAACUGGGUCCCGCUACCCAAGAGCUCGAAUCCAGAACGAAUUGCUGCCAACGCCGACGUAUUUGACUUUGAGAUUACUCAGCAGGAUAUGGACGUUCUGAAUGGGUUGGAUCAGGGCGCCGCUGGGGCUAUAGUCGAAGCGGUGGACGAGUAUUAG